CCUCAGUCUUCAUCAUCACCUCGACUAAAAGUAGGGAAGAGUGAUGAGCGCUCGGGAGCUGGCUGAACGAUUCAGAUCUCCCUCUUCAUAUGCAAAUCACGAAGAUAUUUCUAUAUUCACUCAGUGGAAGCAAAAUGAGACAUGGCUUGAAACGCAAAGUAAGCAAUUAGCCGGCUCAAAAGAAGCUCGGCUGGCAUUCAUUGGCGAUGAAGACUUACCGAAUGAAUCUAUUAUCACGAUAGGAAAUGUUUGGACAAGAACUGCAUCACAUGCAAGCUCUGCACUGGCUUCAAUAGAUGAUGGCGGAAACCGAAUAGAAGAAAUAGUGCCGGGAAACGAUAACCAACCCCAAACGAGCGGACUACGAACGGCAACUCUUUUGGCACGUUUGAUUCGCAAUGUUGUCGCUGAUAAUCCGAAAGGUCAAACCAUGUUCUUUUCUCUGGUUGAUUCAGCCUUGAAGGCGCUGUGGUCCACGACUUCUUUUGCUUUGGAGGAUAUUGACGAAGCAAAAUUGUUGACCCGUGCUUUGGUACAAAUGCUAUCCAACAUCAUCACAGAUAAUCAAGACCUACAGGAAAAGAUGUGGCAGAACCAUCUUUCUUUGGGCGCUGAAAGCGAAAAGACGGACACAAAAGCUCGUGCUCCAUCUGAUUUAGUCUGUCGAUUGCUAGACUCAAAAGAUCAGGGAACCAAGAUGGCCGCACAAAUCCUAUUAAUCAAUAUGAUCCUCGAUAGCAAAAAGAGAUGCCUAGACAUUGCUAGAAAUCAUGCUGGAGCAAACAUUAUGCGAAGCCUUUUGCACGAUAUAGACACAAGUCUUGAAAUGGACGAAAAGGAGGAAGAGGAAGAAGAAGGUGAGCAAGUGAAAUCAGAUGGAGAUUCUGGAUAUGGAGUGAGUUUACAGCCAUCCGUACAAGCAAGUCAAGAGCGACAGAGGAGGUAUGAAGGUCUCGGGAUAUCGUACACUCUUUUUACUGGGCUUUUCCGAGCAGGUCUCUUCGAUCAAGCAUAUGCCAAUCUUCAACCUGAACAAUUUGAAGGGUCGAGAAUUGAUGGAUCGAUCGUUUCAUCUGCACAAAUUACACUGCUGAAAUUGCAAGAUGCAUAUUUGCAUUCUGGCGUACAAGACUAUGAUUCCGAAAUGGCAAGCGACCUGCAAAGUAUCGCCAGCAGUUUCAUUUCGCUGGCCAAUUGGGCUGAUCAGACAAUGCAGACCACACUAAAGAAAGGCAAAGAUGCUGCUGUGGAUGGCAGAUUAGUAGAAGUGCACGUCGCUUUGAUCCUACAACUUCAAUGUUUGAUCAAUCUAGCAAUGGCCACAGAAACGACCAAGAAGCCCACUUUCUUGCGAGUGUGUGAAGGAUGUGUUGAACAAAUUCGUCAAGAUGAUUUCGUGAUCAAAUUGUUGCACCUGAUGAGGACGACAGCGGUCUUUUCACCUCCGGUAUCGCCAUUCGUACCGACGAAGGCGUCUCAAUCUGCACCGGCUCCUGAUGGACAUGUCUUAUCAUCAACAGGCAAAGCGCAUAGUCAAAGCGACCAAGACGCAAACACAAGCAAACGUCCCAGACUGGACAAGCUCAAACGUGAUCUCGUUGCGUUGUUGGGUGUGAUCGCAUUCAAACGUGGACCAAAAGAUGAAGAUAGUGUAAAACGAGUGCAAGAUCUCGUUCGAGAAGAAGGUGGUUUGUUGGACGUUCUCAACCUAACACAAUUAGACGAACACAAUCCAUACAUACGUGAAAGGGCAAUCUUUGCUCUUCGUAAUUUAUUACAGGCAAAUCAAGCAUCUCAAGAUCUCAUUGCUCAACUUAAACCGAUCGAUCCUGCUCAACAGCAAGAAUCACAACCUCAAUAGAUAUCGUCUAGAUGAUGUAGCAUUACUAGC